GGUCGGCGCCGCAGCUCAGAAUGCGGUGGCCGGCUGGCGCGGUAGAGCUAUGCGUGCGUGCUAGAGCACAGAUCGCGUGCCGAAUUCUCUGUCGUCGCUACAGGUAGUACGCGAUCGUGUAAAAACAAUGAUGGCGCCGAGUGACGGAAGUAAAUCGUGUGUAAAGUGCCAAAAAACAGUUAAUAGCAAGGAAAUAGCUUUAGUGUGUGGAUUGUGGUGUAGAAAAUCAUUCCACAGUGAUUGUGUAGGCCUUAGUAACAGAGCGGCUCGUGCAGUGUCGUGUUCUAAAGAGCAAAUUAAGUUUCAUUGUGAAGCUUGCGAAAAUAGGUUAGGUAUCGAACUUGUCGGAGGAAAAGAAGCGCAUGAACCUAAAAGCGUAGAGAACAGUGUAAACAGUUGCUUACUGGAGCUUGUAGAAAAACUUCUCAAGUUAACAUAUGAAAUAUCACAUGAUAACUCGGCAAUAAAUACAAAGCUAGAUACAGUUCUCAGUUCAAAUGCAAGAUUGGAAGAGUAUUUAUUACAGUCGCUAAAGUGUUACGAAAAACGUAGUGGAGAAACCCCUGUCAACAGUGUAGUGUGUGAGGAUAGUGAUCCUAUUAGACGAAUAACUGAAAUUAAUGUGGUAAAAGACACAACCUCACAUAACCAAAGCGGAAAUAGUAAACAAAUGUGCUGUCCAUCAGAGCAUCAACAAACUGAUAACAGUUCGCUGCGUAUUGCAAGCGAUCUCCCCAGCCAUUUAACUGAUGGUCAACAGAAAAACGUUGCAGAAGCAUGCAGUUCAAAUUGUCUGCAAGAGUGGGAGGUGCCUGAUGACCACAGUGGUAUACAGGACACACGAAGCAUCUUUAAAGAGUGUCUGCAGGAGUGGGAGGUGCCUGGUGACCACAAUGGUACGCAGGAUCCACUUUGCAUUAAUAAAGAGGCAUGACAAUCGACAAGUUGUCUUCUCCGCACGAGUGGCCACCAACAAACUGUGGCCGAGAAACGAGUGGACCACCCUAUUGCUGAGUACGCUGCCCAACGUGACAUACUUCACUUCAGUGACUGCUUCACUGCCUGUGCCAUAUGGAUUGUGCUUACAAACACCAGCUUUCCUGGAUUGCGCAGAUAUGUCCACCUUCAGCAGACUUGGCUGUGUCUGGCACAUUCAAUAUUGAGAAAAUGGAGGACGAGGAAGACGAGAAACCAGUGAGCGAAGAUGUUGGGCAGGAAUGUUCAGCUUCAGAAGAUAUUGUCGGGCCUAGUACAUUCGUUGUUGAGAAAAUUGAGAAUGAGGAAGACAAGGAGCCAGUGGAGGAAGAGGACUUCAAGGAGCUCAAACAUGAAGUACAAGUACAGUUUACAAGUAAUGGCAGUGAAUCAGAAAGCACCAGCCCUGUUGGCAUCGAGGACGCCAAGAGUCUUGAUGGCAUCUGGAAUUUGGUUACCAACGUUUCACAGGCUGCAGGGAAUUUGGUUACCAACGUUUCACAGGCUGCAGGAACAGGCUACAAGAUGCAAUACACCACCAAAGAGAAAGUCUCCUGCGGGAAUAAAAGUGCUACAAGUUGUCUGGUGCAUUGUUGUGACAUUUGUAAAAAGAUGUUUGCAAAUUUGAGGGACCUGAAGGGUCACACAUGCAUGAUCAGAUGUGACUAUCAUUCGUGCUGUGUGUGUCGCAAGAAAUUCGCAAGGAAGAGUGAUCUGAAGAGGCAUUUCCUUGUGCACACUGGUGAACGCCCGUACAGCUGUGGCGUCUGCGGCAGGAGGUUCUCGGAACGCGGCACACUGAAGCGGCACGCGCUCUUGCACACUGGUGAACGGCCGUACAGCUGCGCCGUUUGCGGCAAGAGAUUCAUCCAACGUAAUCAACUGAAGCAACAUUUGCGGGUGCACACUGAUGUAGGUCCCCACAUCUGUGGUCUUUGCAACAAGACGUUCAAAUAUAAAAUAUCCCUGAAGCGGCAUGCGCAGUUGCACACAGGCGAACGCCCGUACAGGUGUGCUGCCUGCAGCAAGACAUUCACACAACUUAGUUAUCUGAAGCAGCAUUCGCUGUUGCACGCUUUCGGACGUGCUUAGAUUUGUGGUGUUUGCGAGAAGACACUCGUGGAAAACAAUCAUUUGAAGCAGCAUUUGUGGUUUCGCCCUGGUGAACGCCCUUGCAGCUGUGUUGUGCGUCGUAAUAAAUACAGGGUAUCAGCAACCUGGGGGGAAUACUGGACCCUGCACACUCGUACUGAACCGUACAAUUCCUGCAUAUGUCAAAAGAAAUUCUCAUCUAGUAGCACCCUGAGAAAACACUUAGUUCUUCAUGUGAUAGAACAUCAAUACCCUUGUGAUAUGCUUCUGUAAAUAUUGGCAACAAUGUACAGACUAGAAAAGCAUUUAUUUUCGUACACAGCGCAACUGAGAACUGCCUGAAAACACACUUUGUGAGAGCACAAUGACAGCAACUACAUUGUGCCAUAAGACGUUGGAGAGUAAAAAUGGAUUAAA